AUGGACGGAGCUGCAGCUUUGGUUCUGAUGCUGUCAGCAAUGACGGUGCUCUUGGCUGGUGUGUCGAGCAAGGCGAGGGUGUGUUACUUCGGUCCCCCACCGGAACUUGAUCCUGAUCAUCCGGAUCACUGGAUGAAGCAAGUCAUGGAGAAGAUACGGGAGCGUUGCCCGGGACCGGUAAAGAGGCAACCUAUUUCAGCUGAUACGGGGAAACCUACCAAAGCUAGCACGGAGAAACCUGGCACAGCCGAUAUGGGUAAACUUACCCCAGCUGGUACGGCGAAACCUACCUCAGCUGAUACGGAGAAACCUACCACAGCUGCUGAAUGUUCAACUCCAGGAGCCCUCGGUAUGGAGGACGGCACAAUCCCUGAUAAUCGCAUCAGAGCGUCCAGCAGUAGAUCAUCUUGCUGCCUUGCUACUAAUGCACGACUCAACGAUGAUGGUUACGCAUGGGUAGCCGCAGGCUCGGACUCUAGCAUUGACUGGAUCGAGGUAAACCUCGUUGAGAGCACAGUGGUGUCGGGUGUUAUCACCCAAGGAGGCAUCUUCGAUGAUUAUGUGACAUCGUACAAGGUGGACUAUCAAAAGCAGCCCUCAUCAGGCUACAGACACGUAACUGACGAAAGCGGAAACAUUAAGGUGUUCACGGGUAACACUGAUGACCACACCCCUGUCACUAACCUGUUUGAUGAGAGUGUGGUGGCGACGUUUUUCGACAUAAGCGAUCCGGGCGCUCGCAGCACACGAUCCUUAUCACUUGCAUCAGGUAGAAUGGACGGAGCGGUGCGUUGUCUGCUGGUGGCAUCAGCACUCACAGCGCUCUUUGUCUCUGUGGAGAGCAAGGCGAGGACAUGUUACUUCGGUCCCCCACCGGAACCUGAUCCUGAUAAUCCGGAUCACUGGAUGAAGCAAGUCAUGCGAGAGAUACGGGAGCGUUGCCCGGGAACGAAGGAAUCUACCCCAGCUGAUGGCGGGUGUUUGACACCGAAGGCCUUAGGUCUUGAAGACAGAUCCAUCACUGACAAUCAAAUCCGAUCAUCGAUGAGUGCCGGGGGUUGGUCUGCCCGGCAGGGCCGCCUGAACAACAACGGUGCAUGGAUAGCUACAAGCUCCUCCAAUGCCCGGAUCGAGGUGAACUUCGUUGAGAGUGUAGUGCUAGUGGUGUCUGGCGUCAUCACACAAGGCACGCAGCCGCCCGGCACAGCCAGCCCUAGGUAUGUGAAGAGUUACAAGGUGGCGUAUAAGAAGCAUCCCUCACCUGACUACGAGUACGUGACAGGUGGAAACGGAAAUAUCACGGUGUUCAUGGGUAACACUGAUGCCAACACCCCGGUCACUAACCUGUUUGAUGAGAGUGUGGUGGCGAAGGUAGUGCGCAUCGAGCCUACUGAAUGGUUCAUUGCUGUUGCUCUGCGAUUGGAGUUGCUUGGAUGUCGUAAUUAG